CGCCGCGGACACUCCAGUCCGGGAUCAGCGAGCCCGCGACGCGACACCCCGACACCCCCGUCCCCUCCAGCCCGGGCGACCCCUCCCUGGACCGGUCCGCCCUCGCCCUGCGCGGUGCCGGAGCCCCCUGCCCCGAGCGUCCCGCACUCCGGCCUCGGCACUCCCGCGGCCGCCGCCCCCCACCCGGAACAUGGACUCCGACUCCUGCGCCGCCGCCUUCCACCCCGAGGAGUACUCCCCCAGUUGUAAGAGACGGCGCACUGUUGAGGACUUCAACAAGUUCUGCACCUUCGUCUUGGCCUAUGCUGGCUACAUCCCCUAUCCGAAGGAGGAGCUCCCCUUGAGGAGCAGCCCUAGCCCUGCCAACAGUACCGCUGGCACCGUCGACAGUGAUGGCUGGGAUACUGGCUUCUCUGACAUUACGCCCUCAGUGCCCUUGCCGGUGUCGGACCGCUGCUUCAGCCACCUGCAGCCUUCCCUCUUGCAGCGAGCGAAGCCCAGCAACUUCCUGCUGGACAGGAAGAAAACUGACAAGCUGAAGAAGAAGAAGAAGAGGAAGCGAAGAGGCAGCGACGUGGCUGUGAAGGAUGGGUACCGAGCCGGCUUGCUGAAGCUGGAAGCUGCGGACGCAUAUGUGCAGGCCCCCGCGAGUCCCACCAUGCAGGGGCUUCCCCAGGCCUCUGCUGACCCCUGCUCAGGCUGGGACUCUGACACCCCGUCAAGUGGCUCCUGUGCCACUGUGUCACCUGACCAGGUUAAAGAGAUAAAAACUGAAGGCAAACGGACUAUUGUCCGGCAGGGGAAGCAGGUCGUGUUCCGAGAUGAGGACAGCACAGGCAAUGAUGAGGACAUCAUGGUAGACUCAGAUGACGACUCCUGGGAUCUUGUCACCUGUUUCUGCAUGAAGCCCUUUGCUGGCCGUCCCAUGAUAGAGUGUAACGAGUGCCACACCUGGAUCCAUCUGUCCUGUGCAAAGAUCCGCAAGUCCAAUGUUCCGGAAGUGUUUGUCUGCCAAAAGUGCCGGGACUCCAAGUUUGAUAUUCGCCGUUCCAAUCGUUCCCGAAUGGGCUCCCGGAAGCUGUUUCUGGACUGAUUCGGAGCUGGCAAGGAGAUAGGCGGGACUGAAGGGUGUGGGCUCUGUGGCCUCCCUUGGUUGAACACAGAACUCAUAGCUCUGGUGUGGGCAGACCCUGCCACUCAGGUGCCUAAGCAGAGGACUAGCUGUCCAGAUAAAACUGUACAUAGCCAGUGAGCAGAUAAAAUGGUGUCAGAGCUGCUGCCGCUGUGUCCUGCAUUGGAGGCAGGCUGAGACCAAGUCUGCUUCAGCCGAGAGUCUGGGCACACACAGCCUUGUUAGCCAGUUCCCACCAUUGGGAGGGAGCCGGUGCUAGCUGUCAUCCCGUCUCCUCUGUUCAGGAGUGGAGUUGUUCUGUUUCCCUGGCCUGUGUUUAUUCUCCAGUGUUGGUCUUCUAUCACAAGUGUCUAUACAGCAGCCGUCCAAGUUGCCUGCCCCUUUGUGAUCUCUGCCCCUGAUUCAGUUAGGCUAGGGAGCUGCUUCCUUAGAGGCCUGCUGUCUCCAAGAGGAGCCCUUGGUGGUGGGUUUUCACUGUUUGUUUGAAGGGACAGUAUGUAGCCGCUUCUCCACAGAGCGGGGGUUGGGGGUGGAGGUGUCCUGUGUUCAUAACUAAGUUUCUUGUUUUGCACGAUGUAAAAACCAUUUUCUUUUCCGUACAAUACAGCCCAAAGUAUUGGCCAGUGUCUUCCUGGAUGCCCUUUCUCUGCCAUUGGCGGUCCAUGUCCUAGGGUGCCCAGCACUCUCCUCCGCCCGUGUGGAAGCAUUGGCUCUCUGUUGUUCAGCUGUUCAGUAGCAUCCCACGGAUGCAGCUGUCCUUGGGGCCUGUGUGCUAUUCUUUAUAGAAUAGUUAAAAAGAACCCGAGGGCACUCUGCAGUGUCUGGCCUCCUGCUAGGUUCCUGGGGUAAGACAAGGGUUUGCGCUAGUACCAAAACAUCAGCUUGCAACACUGCAGUUUCAAAGGUGUGAACCACAGCCCUGGUCUGGGUGAGGGCUGCCUCAGCACCCGAGAGACACUGGUGGUCCUAGAACUGGAACGGAGAGCCAAGUGGUCAUCGCUCUUCAGUGCUUCCAAAGCCUGUUCUAGCAGUGAUUUCCUAAGAUCGCUUUAGGCGGUACGAGACGGGGAAGUGUCCCUGUGGGCCACCUUGGCAGGGUCACCAGGCUCUCGCUCCAAAGGAGCUCAGACUAUAACUUAGUUAAUCGGAGCUUUUGGGAGGGGGUCAGUAUCUUUCACACUUGUUCAGUUUAAGUAACGAUGUCAGCUUCAUGUUUUUAAAAUCCUGUUGCUCAUAUUAAAGUACAGAGAAACACUCAUUGCUGAAGCUCAGUUGGUUGUGUAGAUCUCGAGGGAGAACUCCAUUACAGAGAAGGAGCUGUUCCAGAAACUCUUGUCCCCAGGCUAUUGUCUGGCUCUGACUGGAGUAAAUACCCAGGACAAGUUGGAGGGAUUUGCCAAAGACCUGCCCCAUGACAGUACUUGUCCAGUGUCUUCACCCUGAGAAUAACCAAAGUUCCAGUAGUUUUUUUUUUUUUAAAGUGCAUUUGAGAAUGUGGUUUUGUUGUGGACCGGUGUAGCUGGCCAUUGUUGUGUGUGCUCAGAGAUUGGACGCCUCUGGGAUAUGUUGACACUCAUCUCUAUUUCUGUUUGCUUGCUUUGUGUUUAAGGGGGUCUUUCCCUGUGGGUGGUGUCGGGGGUUGGACACCUUGGUUUGGGGGUGGAUUGAGCUGGGCAGCUGUAAUCAGCUUCUUUAUGCAAACUGGGCAUGGCCCUUCUAGGGGCUCCUGGUUGGCGGCUAAUGAUGUGAGGGGAGGGAAUGGUUUCACCCCCAAGGUAGACCCCUCCUGUCAGCUUUGGCCAGGCCAGACACAACAUCGUUUACAUGGUUCUGUGUAAUUACAAAGUUUAUGUGUAUAAAGCAAGCUGUUUCUGUGAAACUGUAUAUUUUGUAAAUAAAGAUAUUGCUACUUUGA